ACCCUAGAACUCCAAAGUCCAAAGACACGCAAGCAAACUCAAGUCGUGCAGCACAAUAAAAAUGUCUGGCAUCGUCUGUUUCCAUGACUGACAAUCGAGUUCGACAACUUCAAAACAUACAAUAUUUUGAGUGUUACUGCUUUGUGAAACCCCCUUAUUUUAGUACGUUCUGGGGUGCUUUAUCCAUUUUUUACUUAAGUUAGAAUAUAAGGUGGAAUUCUCUAUAGCUUUUUUUUCAUUCUUUACCGUUCAAAAUUGUAAACGAUCGAAAUGCACUUAAUACGGAUAGUCUAGAAAAGUAGAAACAUUGUGUUGAGAACUUCUUUCUAAAACACCCUAAAAUUGAAAUGCAACUCUUCACAUGGGGAACUAAUAGCCAUGGGCAACUAGGACAAGGAUUUGAAUCAGAGCUCUUAUCUGUUCCAACAGCAGCUCACAUUCCGGAGGAACUUCAACAAUCCAUAGCUUAUAAUUGUCAAAUAGCUGGAGGAGGCAACCAUUCUAUUGUCACUAGCAAUGGUAGAGUUUGGGCUGCUGGACUAGACAAUUCAGGGCAAAUAUGUUCUACUGAGAAAAAAUCUGCCAGCGUCUUUUCUGAAAUUCAUGCCCUGGCUGGCUGUAAUGUUACUUCUGUUGCAUGUGGUUGGGACUUCACUUUAUUUCUUGCAUCCAAUGGAAACCUUUAUGGAUGUGGCUCAAACACGUUUCAUCAAUUAGGAAUUACAAAUAAAGUAGUGAAUGGAUUAAUAAAUUUACAUAGUUUAGACCAUGAACCAUUUGUUCAAGUCUCUGCUGGCUUAAGACAUGCAGCAGCUGUAACAAACACAGGCUGUUUACAAAUAUGGGGGAUUGAGAAGUAUGUUAAGCAGCUUACAGAUGUUACCGGUGUAGUUAAAGCUUCUUGCGGACAACGACACAUUGUGGCCUUAACUACUAAAAAUAAGCUACUAGCCUGGGGAGGAAAUAAUCAUGGGCAAUGUGGUCAAAGCAGUACAACUACAAAACAUAUCAAAGAGCCAUUGAGUAUUGAAUGGGACGAGAGCAAUGGAAGAAUAGAAAACGUCGUUUCUGGUUGGACUCACUCUUUGGUACUCACCGAUCGCCAACACGUAUAUUCGUGGGGGAGAAAUACCUAUGGCCAACUAGGCAGAGCGUCGUAUGAUAAUUCAUUUCUCCCAAAAAGAAUUCCUGAGUUGGAGGGGAUCACGUUGAUUGCUGCUGGUUCUGAGCAUUCGAUGGCUCUCGAUAAAUUCGGCCAGCUGUGGACGUGGGGAUGGAACGAGCAUGGGAGUCUUGGAAACGGAAACACCGAAAACCAAUUCCGUCCUGUGAACAUCAGCCAUUACUUUCCCGGUAGAAUCCAAUCUAUUGGCACUGGCGCUGGUCAUUCUUUUGCGAUUGUUGAAUAAAGCAUCGGUCAUUUGUGGCAAAAAUUAAUACAAUUUGACCAUCUUGAAAUGGUGUAUUCCAAUCAAUAUCGAAAUUAUAGAUGUUACAUUUAAAGUAUUAUAAUAAUAAGUAUUUUUUCUCUAUAGUGCCGUUUUCCCAUUUGAUGUUUACA